CACUCUAGGCCUUUCAGUUUGCGCGGGAGGGCAAGCCUGCUGCAAGGAGGGUGGGCACUUCGCCGGCCGCUGACGAUGGAUGAGCUGGAGCAAGGCCUAUUGAUGCAGCCAUGGGCAUGGCUACAGCUUGCUGAGAACUCUCUCUUAGCCAAGGCUUAUAUCACAAAGAACGGCUAUGCCUUGCUGGUUUCAGAUCUUCAACAGGUGUGGCAUGAGCAGGUGGACUGUAGUGUGGUCAGCCAGCGAGCCAAGGAGCUGAACAAGCGCCUGACUGCUCCCCCUGCAGCUUUUCUCUGUCAUUUGGAUAAUCUUCUUCGUCCAUUGUUGAAAGAUGAUACUCACCCUGGUGAAGCUACCUUCUCCUGUGAUCGUGUAGCAGAGGCACUGAUUUUGCGGGUUCGGAGUGAACUCUCUGGUCUUCCCUUCUAUUGGCAUUUCCACUGUAUUCAGGCUAGUCCUUCCUUGGUCUCCCAACAUUUGAUUCGUCCUCUGAUGGGCAUGAGUCUGGCAUUGCAGGGCCACGUGAGGGAGCUAACAGCAUUGCUUCGAAUGAAAGACUUAGAGAUCCAGGAGUACCAGGAGAGUGGGGCUACACUGAGCCGAGGCCGAUUGAAGACUGAGCCAUUUGAAGAAAAUUCUUUCUUGGAACAAUUUAUGGUAGAGAAAUUACCAGAGGCAUGUAGCCUUGGUGAUGGAAAGCCAUUUGUCACGAAUCUUCAGAGUUUGUAUGUAGCAGUCACCAAACAAGAGGUCCAAGCAGCACAGAAGUUUCAAGGCACUGGAGAAACUCAGAUCUCAAGCAGCACCUCCCCUCGAGGAACUGAUAGCCAACUUCUGAACCAGCCAGAACAGCCGGUCUCUGCAGCUCCAGCCUUCCUAGCACCUGAACACCAGGCCAUGAGUGCUUCAGACUCUGUACAGAAACCUCAGCUGUCAAAACUCAAAAGGAAGAAGCCAAGGGGGCUCUUCAGUUAACCUGUCAUGUUCUCAGAUGUUGAGGAUGAACCAGAACAGCUUCCCAGCAUCACCGGGAAAGGAGUUGGAAUGGCAGAGUAUCUCUCAAACAGAGUUUGUUGAGCAUGGUUCAUGUUGACAGGCCCAUCUGAAUGGGAAGCUUGACUCCAGCCUACUAGGCAUUGGCCUUCCCUGUUUGAAUGGAAGCCAGUCUUAUACCCUUCUCUAUUUUCAGUGGAGGCAAUCCAGACCCAGGAACUUACCUUGAACUUUAGGUAUAUAGAGCAAGUCCACCAGAAGAUACAACACGCUAAUAAGGAAGCCUCGUCUACCUUUCUCAGGAGUCCUUAGCCAGACCCAGAUGUUCCUCAGGGACCCACUUCUCCCUUCAGCACAGAA